AUGACAGAAAGAAGCAAUGAUGAAACAAGAAGUUAUUUUUCAUGGAAUUUGGAGAUGGAACGUGUGUUAGCUGAAGUAUUAAGAGAUCAAAGAAACAUGGGCAAUAAGAGUGACGGAGCUUGGAAAAGAGUUGCAUAUAAUGCUGCAGCUGUAGUGUUAUCCAACAACUUCAAAGUCCAAGUCACUUGGGAGAAUGUUAAAAAUCGAAUCAAACUUUGGAGAUCAUGGUAUGGAGUUGUAAGUGACAUCCUUGGUCAGAGUGGAUUUGAUUGGGAUGGAACCAAACACAUGAUUACAGUUGGUGAUGAAAAUGUAUGGAAUGAAUAUGUCACUUCGCAUAAGGAGGCUAGACAUUUUCGAUUCAAAGCAAUUCCAAAUUGGGAUGAUAUAGUGGAUUUAUGUGCUAAAGAUAGAGAUACUGGUCAUGGAGCUGAAACUACUAUGGAUGCUGAUGAAGUCACGAGUAAAGAGGUAACUGAAGUAAAUUUUGUGGGUUUGGAGGACUUGAAUGCUAUUAUAGAUUUGGAGGAACCAAACUCUAACUUAAAAAGAAAAGCACAAUCUUACUUCAAGUUCUACUAG